GAAAUUCCAACAUGGAGAAACACUCCUCCAUCUCACCUCACCCAGCACCACCCCUUCACCUCCGCCGCCGCAACCACUCCACCCUUAUCCUCCUCCUAGCAGCAUGUCUCGCCCUCACCCUCUCCCGCCCUUACUGGUCCACCCUCCCCUCCCUCCUCCCAUCCCCCAAUCCGCCCUCCUCACCCCUCCCACCCACCACCAAAAAUUUCGACUGGUCCACGGCUCCCUCAAAACAACACCUGGACUACACUCCCUGCUACACCUCCCUAGGAGACUUCCAAUGUGCCCGCCUCACCCUCCCAAUGGAUUACUUCAACGCCACCACCAACGCCACCAUCUCCCUCGCCAUCAUCCGCAAACCCGCAGCGGUGGACGUCACAGAUCCAAGGUAUGGCGGCGCGGUAAUCGUCAACCCAGGCGGACCAGGUGGAUCUGGGGUUCAGUUCGUGCUGCUGGGUGGGAAGUCGAUUACGGAUGUUAUUGACUCCCCCUCCCCGGAGGAUGGCAAGGUGUAUGAUGUGUUGUCUUUUGAUCCCAGGGGUGUAGGACUCAGUACCCAGGGGGUGGAGUGUUUUGAGGAUGAGGUCCAAGCGCAGAGUUGGGCGUUGAGGGUUGAUGAGCAGGGGUUGUUGGGGGUGAGUGAUGCGAGUUUGGGGAGGUUGUGGGCUAUGUCUGAGGCGAGUGGGGGGAGUUGUACGCUACCCGGGGAGGGAGGGGAGGUGGAUGUGAAGAGGUUUGUUACGACGGCGAGUGUGGCGAGGGAUAUGGUGGAGUUGGUCGAGGCGCAUGGGGAGUGGAGGGAGAGGGAGGCAAAGAGAGUGCUCCAGACGAGCACCCUCUCAAGUGGAAUGCAACACGGCGUUCCAGAGGCGCUGAAGUAUGAGCCUGGAAAGGAGAAGAUUCAGUACUGGGGUUUCUCGUACGGGACGUAUUUGGGACUGACGUUUGCUGCCAUGUUUCCGGACAGGAUUGAGAGGCUUGUGGUGGAUGGAGUGGUGGAUCCGGUGGAUUAUACCAAGGCUUUGUGGUAUGAUAAUCUUUAUGAUACGGAGAAAGACAUGGACUCGUUCUACUCCAACUGCGCACGAGUUGGGUAUCCAAAGUGUCCCCUCGCGAGCAAAGCAAACAACAGCACGACCUACGUCCAACAUCGUGUCCAAGCUAUCCUGGAAAGCCUCUACCACAACCCCCUCCCCGUCCUUCACCCCACCCCCGAAGUCGUGACCUACUCCGACCUCAAAACCCUCAUCUUCCUCUCCCUCUACACCCCCAUUCAAUCCUUCCCCCGUCUCGCCCACCUCCUGGCGGACAUCGAGUCCCGCAACGGAACCGCUUUCGCCAAACUGCUAGCUCUCAACCACAACGUGCAAUGCUCUCCUCCCACCGGCACAGCCGCGAUACGCCACUUCUCCGGCCGCGCAAUCGCCUGCUCCGACGGCGACGACCUGACGGGAACAACGAAGACGAAGUUCAGCAAAUUUCUGGGCAAAGUGGAAGAAUUGAGUUCAACCAUCGGAGCAAAGUGGGCGGAAAUCCACCUGAGUUGUAUUCACUGGUCGACUCGGCCUCUGUAUCGUUUCACGGGGCCUUGGCAGGGGAAGACGGAUCAUCCGAUAUUGUUGAUUGGGAAUACGGCGGACCCCGUGACGCCGGGGAGGAAUGCGGUGGAGCAGGCGAAGGGAUUCGAGGGAAGUGUGGCGUUGAUGCAGGAGAGUCCGGGGCAUUGUUCGAGUGCGGGGAGGAGUCGGUGCACGGAGGGUUAUAUCAGGGAGUACUUCCAGACGGGAGGGUUGCCGCCGAGGAAUACGACUUGUGAGGUGGAUGAGUUGCCGUUUGGAUCAGAUGGGUCAGAUGAGGCGCAAGGUCUUGCUUUGGAGGAUCUUGCGGGGAGGAGCAAUGUCCCGGGGAUCAAUGAGGCGAUGCAUAGGGCCGGCGGUGGGUUUCUGAGCGGUGGGAUGGGACGGUACGUUGAUGCUGGGCUACAUGCGUAA